AUGCACAAGCGAAAGGUGGUGCAGUACCUGUCCAAGUAUAUUCGCGGCUUGAAUGCUGAUCAAGUUUCAUCCAGACUGCUUUCUGGCGAAGUCGAGUUGAGAGAUGCAGAGCUCGAAGUGGCACCGUUGCAGAGCCUGCUGGCCUCCGCUGGUUUGCCCUAUACUCUCGAGGCAGCGCGAGGACAUCCUCCCAUCCUCUCUUUCUUUCCUCGUUCUUCAACUCAGUCGCACAGAAGAGAACAGAGUGCCUAG